GAGCGAGAGCAUUCCAGGCAGAGAAAACUGCGCCUGCAAAGGCUGGGAGGGGAGAUGGGGCACGAGGAUGGCACGGGAUUCAAAGAGAAGCCUUUCUGGCUUUGACCCCCACAGAUUUGCUACCACUUUUCCAGCUGGGACUCACCUCUUACCAUCUUCCCCCUGGAGGAAGCUACCAGUCCUGUCGAACUUGUCGGACCCAGGAGGCACAGGUGCAGGUCCUGGGUCUUUCUCCAGAGUUCUGACGGGUGCGGCCAGCACCAUGGACACCUCAUGGGCUCUGCGGCUCUUCCUGCUCAUGGCCUCCGGAGUAGGGGUCCUCGCCCUCACAACCUCUUCUGGAGUUCAGCGAACCAAUUUCUCUUUGGACUCAGGGAGCUCUUCCCAGGGCCCGGGUUCAAAAGUUCCCUCCACCAAACCCCCGAGCUGGAAAUUUCUGGAUCAGUCUUCAGGUUCCAAAGCCUCUGCUGAUAUUCCUCAUUCCAAAUGGAUACCUGAGGCCCUGAAUUUGAUCGACGUGCCUGGGUCCUUCUGGUCAAAUGUUUCUGCUGGUAGCCCAAAGUUGAGCCUGGAUCCCAACUUCUCUGAAAUCCCUGGCUCCAAAGACCUGAAGCCUUCCUUCUCAGCAAAGACCCCAGCUGUAAACAUUUCAGCUCAAGUCCCUGAGAAAGCACCUAUGGAGGACGCAGGUUCGACAUUCUCCUCCCAGGACCUGGAUCUUGAAUUCUCUGCCAAGAGCCCUGAAUCCGAAGUUCCUGCCAAAGCCCACCCAGCGGAAAGCUUCCUGCAGCAGGUGGGGGGACCUCUCUCGGUGCUUGUUGGGACCACCAUCCAGCUCCCCCUAGUUCCAGUCCCCAGACCUGGUCCCCCUGUUCCUCUGGUUGUUUGGCGACGAGGAUCCAAGGUGCUGGCAGCCGGGGGCCUGGGGCCAGGGGCCCCUCUGAUCAGUCUGGACCCUGCUCACCACGACCGCCUACGAUUUGACCAGGCCCGAGGGGGUCUGGAACUCUCCUCUGCCCAGCUGGAGGAUGCUGGGGUCUACACAGCUGAAGUCAUCCGGGCCGGGGGCUCCCGGCAGAUUCGGGAGUUCACCGUGGCUGUGUAUGAGCCCCUGCCCCAGUUGUUGGUGCAGCCCGAGGCCCCGGAGGUAGAGGAGGGGGCGGCCGAGCUCCGGCUGCGCUGCACUGGGUGGGGUCCUGGUCGCGGGGAGCUGAGCUGGAGCCGGGACGGACGCAUCCUGGAGGGAGCGGACCCCGAGGGAGCGGAGCCGCCCCGGAUCCGCGCAGAGGGCGACCAGCUGCUCAUCGCGCGCCCUGUGCGCAGCGACCACGCCCGGUACGCUUGCCGCGUCCGCAGUCCCUUCGGCCACACGGAGGCCGCGGCCGACGUCAGUGUCCUCUACGGCCCGGAUGCGCCGGUCAUCACGGUGUCCUCGGACCGCGACGCCGUCCCCGCCCUCUACGUCACUGCGGGCAGCAGCGUGACGCUGCGCUGCACCGCCGCCUCGCGGCCGCCCGCCGACAUUACGUGGAGCUUGGCCGACCCGGCCGAGGCCGCGGUUCCCGCCGGCCCGCGCCUCUUGCUGCCCGCUGUCGGGACGGGCCACGCCGGCGCUUAUGCCUGCCUAGCCUCGAACCCGCGCACCGGCCUCCGCCGCCGCUCGCUGUUCAACCUCACAGUGGCAGAUCUGCCCCCCGGGUCCCCGCAGUGCUCAGUCGAAGGCGGUCCCGGGGACCGUAGCCUCCGCUUCCGCUGCUCGUGGCCGGGUGGGGUCCCGGCCGCCUCCCUGCAGUUCCAGGGGCUCCCCGAAAGCGUCCGCGCGGAGCCGAUGACCUCUGCGCUCCUGGUGGCUGUCCCCGCCCAUCCCCGGCUCAGCGGCGUCCCCGUCACCUGCCUUGCUCGCCACCUGGUGACCACGCGCACUUGCACAGUCACCCCGGAGACUCCUCGAGAGGUGCUCCUGCAUCCGAUGGUGGAGGAGACACGGUCAGGGGAGACAGAGGUGGCACUGCAGGCUUCUGGCUGUCCCCCACCUUCUCGAGCAUCCUGGGCUCGGGAAGGGAGGCCCCUGGCCCCAGGAGGUGGGGGGCGCCUGCAGCUCAGCCAGGAUGGCAAGAGGCUCCUCAUUGGCAACUUCAGCCUGGACUGGGACCUGGGAAAUUACUCUGUGCUGUGCGGUGGGGCGCUGGGUGCUGGAGGUGACCAGAUCACCCUCAUUGGACCCUCAAAUCCAGCCCUCCACUUUGACCCCCACCCCUCCCCAGGACCUUCCAUCUCCUCAUGGAGGCUGCAGAGAACCCGGGAUGCAGCAGUACUGACUUGGGAUGUGGACCGCGGGGCCCUGAUCAGUGCUUUUGAGAUCCAAGCACAGCUAGAGGGCCCUGACCUGGGCAGAGCCUCCACCUACAAGGACUGGGUUUCCCUGCUGGUCCUGGGGCCUCAGGAACGGUCAGCUGUGGUGCCCCUCCCUCCUCGGAAUCCUGGGACCUGGGCCUUGCGUAUCCUGCCCACCCUGGGGGGCCAACCAGGGACCCCAUCACAAAGCCGGGUCUACCAGGCUGGCCCCACCCUGGGUCCAACGGCCAUAGCUGGCAUUGUUCUGGGCUCCCUGCUGGGCCUGGUGCUCCUGGCAGUGCUUCUCCUCCUGUGCAUCUGCUUCCUGUGCCGCUUUAGGGGUGAGACUCUUAAGAAAAAGAAGCACCCCCAGACCUUGACCUCUGUGGUCCCCCUACCAGAAAAGAUGAAGAGUGUGACCCCAGUGCAGACCCCAGAGCCUCUACCUGUCAAAGUUUCACUGGAGGAUCCUAGCCCAGCCAGGGUCCACCUAGUGGUCAGCCCCAGUCCAGCCAUCUGGCCAGGUGGGGGCCAGAAGACUGUUCGGGCAGCCACGCAGGUGUGACCAGGGUUAGUAGUCUGCUCUGCACAGGACUUUGGGGGCAGGACUUCCUGUUUCACCCCUGCAGAGGGCAGGUCCUUCCUGUCGUGCUGUGACUGAAGGCGGGACCCCAAGAGUGGGACUUCCCAUCUCCCUCUCUCAGCACAGAAGACGCUACCUGUAUUUGUACCUGAGGAGAUGGGCCUCGGGGCUGGAAGAGACUCCUGCUGACUUAAAAGUGUGGUUUGUGCAACCUCCAGGCAGGCAAGAUGUGUGGGGAGGCUGUGCUCUGGGCAGGCAGGACUCGCUUUGUGGCUGUGAGCCAAGCAGGGCCUCAGCCUCAUUCUCUGAAAAGGUUCCAUCUUCACUUGGCUUCCUCCAGGCCGCACCCAUCCAGCUCCCACAGCCUUCAUCUUAGAUCAGAUCACGUCCCACUUCUCUUUAAACCCUUCAGUGGCUCCCAUUACCCUUCAGUUAUGACAGAGCUCCUCAGUGUGGCCUUCAGAGCCUUGUGGUUUGGCCUCUACUGGCCUCUCUGGCCUCUCCUUCCAGUACUUUGCCUCCUCUAUCAAGUACCUCAAGGCUUCCUCUCCACCAAACUUAUUUUGCCUCCAGACCUUGCCCCUAGGGUUGACUGUCUGGAGCCCCGCAAGUGUAAGUGUAACUGCAAUAUAGUGAUUAAUAAGAAAUACAUAUUUGGUCCUCAUCCCCGAUUCCUGAAAAUGCUUCAGAGCCAGAAAGGUGAAAUGGGUGUCUUGUUAUUAAAAGGAUGACUUUCAGAUCCCACCGAAGGGUGGGGGCUGGUUGCCUGGAGGACCAACCACGUGAUUGGAGGAUUUUCAGUGCCCCCUGCCCAUGGGCUAAGGAGAGGGUUGAAUCAGCCAAUGGCCAGUGUAAUGUUAUCAGUCAUGACUGUGUAAUGCCAUAAAGACCCAAGAGGAAGGUAUUUUGGUCCUUUUGUUUGUGGAGAGCUUCCAUGCUAGGGGACCCAGAAUGCCUCCACGGUCCGCGGAGCCGGGCCCCAAGCUCCCCGAGGACAUAGCUCCUUUGUUAAAGACUUCACCCUAUAUACCUCUUCAUCACCUGCUGUUCAUUUGUAUCCUCUAGUGUCCUUUAAUAAACUGGUAAACGUGUUUCCCUGA